AUGUGCGAUGCUUCGACCGUGGACAACCGCAGCACACGUUUCGCAGAAUAGAAUUCACGGUGAUUUGCGCUUUGACGAAAUUUAAAGCUUCUCUCCACAGCGAGGAUGCUGUUUUCCAGUCGAAUUUGUCAAAAAAAGUGAGCUGCUUCCAGCCAAGCGCCGUAGGGAGAAAGUGAAAGUGACCCUGCCAGCGCAGACUAGUGGAAAGAUUGGAUAAUCGCACUUGCCCCUAUUUCAGCAUCAUCUAGUCUUUGCAAUGGAAACUUUGAGAUUUUAUUUUCUCACUUGGAAUGUGGCCACCAUGCCUCCAGAGGAGAACUUUUCAGAGAUGCUAUGCUUAAAUCGCGAAACUCUGCCAGAUUUCUAUAUCAUUGGUCUACAAGAAGUCAAGGCCCAGCCGCAAAACCUUUUGAUGAACGCACUUUUCGAUGAUCCAUGGAAUAACAGCUUUAGGGACCUCUUAAUAACCAAAGAUUUUGUGAAAAUCAAAACCAUUCGUCUUCAAGGCCUUCUGCUUAGCAUUUUCUGCCAGAGACGUCACCUCUUGAAAGUCAGGGACAUGGAGACUCAGUACACAAGGACAGGCCUUGGCGGAAUUUGGGGAAACAAAGGUGCUGUAAGCAUCCGGCUAGCUGUCUCCGGCGUAUCCAUGUCAAUUGUAAACUGCCACUUGUCAGCCCACGACCACAUGAAGGAAGAACGGGUAGCUGAGUAUAACACAAUCUUGAAAAGCCACACUUACUCAACAAAGGAGACCAGCUACGUUUUGUAUCACGACUAUGUGUUCUGGCUGGGUGACUUGAAUUUCCGACUCAAAAGUGGUGCCAAAGGCAGCCUGACCGCUGACCAGAUUGGGGCAUUGUUGGACAAAGGAGAGAUUGACGAAUUGUUCCAGCAAGACCAACUCAAAGAAGUGAUGAAGAGCGGCGAAGCUUUCAGCGAGUUGCAUGAGCCUGCCAUUGAUUUUCCACCCACCUACAAGUUUAACAUUCAUUCCAGCAUUUACGAUCUCAAGCGCCGACCAGCCUGGACUGACCGAAUUCUUUACAAAGUGAUCCCCAAUGUGUAUGAAAACCUAACACUUGACUGCCAGCCAGCAUCAUAUCGCAGCUGGGAAAAAUACUACCAAAGCGACCACAAACCAGUCACUGCUGAGUUUGCUGUCAAGGUUAUUAGUGAUAACCAUGAUCGAGUUGUCGAAUUUGACGAGAUCCAAAACUGGUUCCUAGACAGAGAAAACUCAGCGAGUUUUGAGCUCUCUGCAGAUGUUAAUUUGGAGACAGGAAAUGACUGGAUUGGCAUAUACAAGGUCAAUUUUGCCAGCCUAGAGGACUACAUUUUUUACAUAUAUGUGCCAAGGACAAGCCAGACUGCUGGCCGUUUGAGCGUCACUUUCCCUGACAUUGCCAUCGCAGAAACUGGCGUCUACCAGCUUUUGUACGUCACCCACAGCACAGCCAGUGUCUUGGGCAUGAGUGCCCCAUUUCUAGUUACGAAGGCCGACCCUACAAGGUCUCCGCAACGGCUGCGUUUCUGACCUUCACCGUACCGUGAAAUCAAGAGUUAAAUCUGACAUAGCUUCACAGUCCAGACUGAUAUUUGUUUUUCCGUUGAUCCCUCUAUUAAUUUACUUAUUCAGAAGACUAUUUUUUACUAGUGCGCGUCCUAAGUCAAGUUUUUGGAAAUGUUCAGUUUUGAUUUAUUAACUUUUUUGAUGGCUGGACCCAUUCUGUUAGUCAUGUUCAUGAAACGUUUUAGACUAAUGCUAUGGUUGGAUUUGAUUUACACCUAACUAAAACUCCUGUAAUAAUGAAAAAUAGUAGAUUUGUGUGCUUUAAGCUUGAAAUAUUUAAUGUGUCGUGAUAAAAUUAUUGUUACUCCCGAGUACAAGUGCUCAAUAUGUAAUCAGAUGGGCCCAAGUGUAAGAAUAAAUAUGCAGCUUGCAAGUUAUAACAAACUUUAUUUCAUUUUUGGUGGUAUUGCUGAGAAGAUAGACCUCCCAGAUAAUCAUCUAUUGAAUUUAAGCAAAUGAUUUGAUUGAAAAAAUAAUAAAGAAAAAUUAAUGCUAA